AUGUCGGUUACCAAGGGUGUGGUAUUUGUACAAACGAGGAUUAACAUAAGAAGAGUGUAUAAUGGGAAACUUAGGGGUGGCCCUGAAGCUUGUGGGAUUUCACUAAACACAAAUUAUGCUGUAAACGAGGGUAAACAGUUAUCUGUUACCACCGAAGUUUGUGGAAAUCCAAAACCUGUUUUAACUUGGAAAUUACAAAAAGAAUUGGAGUAUUCAUACUCUACCGAAGUUGCGCCAGUGAAUAUCUCAAUCAUGCGAUACAGAUAUGUUUAUAAAACUCGACGUCUCGUGACAGGUGAAGAUUGUGGAACAAAGCUAGUUUUCAAUGCGACUGGUGCGGAUGGAAUGAUCAAGGGAGAGACACUAUUAGAUGUAACAUUUUCUCCUCAAAAAAUCCAAAAUGCAAUAUUCUACAAAGAUAAUGAUUGUAUAAAUGGUAUAUGGACAAGUGAAGCAACUGGGAAUUGUGCGCUUAACUAUCAUUUACAAUUUGAAGGAGGAAAAUAUAUUUUUAAUACAACUCAUACAUACUACGCUGUGUGUAAUGUAUUAAAUGCUUCAUAUGUAUUUAUUUGGGCGUCAUACAAAAACAAAUACGGGGAGAAGAUAAAAAUCAAUGCUAGUUUAACAACUCCUGCACCUACAAAUGCUACCGAUCCUUGCACAUGUCCAAAACUGCUGGAAGUCAAAAGAUUGGAUACGAAGAAAUUAGUUUUAGCAAUAAUUAUAGCGCUUGUGGUCACGCAAGUAGCCAAUAUAUGCAUUUAUGGAGUUUUGAAGUACAGAGGUGCUGAGACUAACUGCAAAAAUAAGCAAAGUGCAAAAAACCACGACGAAAACGAAGAUAGACAAGAAUACGAAGUAUUUCCUACAACUGAAUCUCAUUAUACAGGUCUUCAAUUGGAAGCAAGAAAAGAAAUUGUUUAUGCCGAUUUGUCACCACCAACAGUCAAUAACUACUCGGAAAUUGGAACAGAAGAAAGGUCGAAACAAUUUUAGCACACUGUGUAUUUCUGUAGAAGCACAUUUCCGCGUCUUUUUUAAACAAUUUUGCGUCUUUUUCGUCAACAAAGGCACCGAUACCUAUCCAAUUUUAUUGAUCUUCGUGAUGCAAGAAGAGAAUAAAUAAGUUAUCAUCAGAAGAGUUAACGUAACUCUAAAAAGAUAUAUGGACGUUUUAUUGUCAUUAUAGCCUAGUUUGACUAUUUUAAAGUUACUGCUACAUUUUCUAUGUAUGGCGUAACCUCAAAUUGAUCUGUUUCAGAUAUUUCGCAAAGCCUUUUUUUUUCGCGAAUUGACCCUUCUUGGAUUUCUUGGAAAUAUUUCUUUUUGCAAUUCUAGCACUUUUUUAAAGUUAAUUCUAAUUAUUAAGAUUAUGACGGUCCUUAAAUUGGCUCUAAAACGAGAUUAUCAUUGCUACUAAGAUAUUCGCAAAAUGUUCAAGAAAUCAGAAGAACCUAAUACAGAUAUUUUAUCGACAAGAUAUGAGAAAAAACAGAAAUCAUAAUCUGGUUUAAAAAAAAUUUGCCGCAUAAACGUUUGCAAAUAUAGGUAACAUUUGCAAUAUUGGCUAUAAUUCCCGUAUACACCUAUCAAUUUAAUCCUAAUCGAUCCGGGGUUUUUUGAACUUAUUAUAUCCGAGAAGGGGGGAAGGGUUACGCCACCCAUCAAUAAAUUUUCACAGGCUUACCACACUUUCAGUACGUCACAAAUUGAACAAAAUAUUUGAUUUAAAAAAUCUAACUAAGAAGAAACUAUGUAAACCGAACACUUUUUCAGCAAUUAGUUUGUACUAGAUCUUGAACGGUAGAAAGAGAAUCAAAGAAUCAAAGAAAUAUCGGUCAUUCUUGAUUAU